UCGCGCUUCGGGAAAACCUGCGCACUAUAGAGUCUUGAGUCGAUCGAGAGUCGCUGUCGCGGCCGUCAGUACUUCAGUCCCGAGUCGAACUUCGACGCGAGCGCACGUUUCCCUCUCUCUCUUCUCGUGAGAUUUCGUAGUGGUGUUUUGUGAGCCGAUCGUUGGAUCGUUGCCGAUUUUUAUUCUCCUUCUCGUUGAGCUUCAGAUCAUAUCGAGAAUGAACAAACAAGGACCCCCUCCCGUGGGAUUCAUGCCACCACCACCUUACAGCGAUGGGGCGCCUCCACCUGCAGGAGCCCCAAACGUCGUCGUCAUGCACGCCCCACAGCUCGGACCCGACCCCCAGACUAUGACCUGUCCCUACUGCGCGGCGACAAUCACCACCAGCAUCGAGACCAGUCCGUCCAUGAAGACUCACCUGAUGGCCCUUCUGCUCUGCCUCUUCGCUUGCUGGCCAUGUGCGCCCUGCGUCUACUGCUGUGACAGCUGUCUGAUAAAGAAACACUACUGUCCAUCCUGUCAAAAGUUCCUCGGUGCCUACGACAACUGAUGACUGAAGCAUAUUCUACAUCUUCACACGUGUGUCUUCUCCGAAGGACAAAUAAAAAAAAACAGCAUUUUCUUCCCUCCUUCCAUGUAUUACUUAUGGCAACUACGUUUUAAGUAUUCCGGCUGCUACUACUACGUCAUCAACGACGAUAAAACACAUUGUAUAAUGUCGCACGUUUGCGUUGAAUACGUACGUAACGGUCGCGUUCAGUGCUCCUUAUUGUAUUAGUUUGAACAGUGGAGGUAUUUUUUGUGAGACAAAAGAAAAGAAAACGAUUUUAACUUGUAUACCAAUCGCUGUUCGAAGAGUCUUCUCAAUAACGUGUAAUGAAAUGAUAAAGCCAGACCAAAUAUAAUAUCAAGGCUCGUCCAGUUUCAACGAAAGCACAUACAAGCAUCUACAGAGAUAGAUUUUUUUUAUAAAACGUCAUAAAUAGUUAUUAGUACAAAAAAAAAUCUGCGAAUUUUUAACGUCUGCUUGUACUGCUACUCUACACUCCUGUUUCGACAACAGGUAUUACAAUAACGUCGGAGGCGAUUGAUUGCGCCGAGUCGAAUGCGAAGGAAAGAAAAAAAAAACUAAGAUUUUUUACGACUUUUUUUUAGUAUAAUAAUAAUGUUUACCGCGAUUCUAUGUGGAGUUUGCUUAGAGUUUAGCUUUUUGUUAUGUAUUGUAAACGAUAGAUGAAUAUAGAGAGGUAUAAAAACUGGUAAAAUGUAAGGAUAAGUGAUAUAGUCGAAAGAAACGAGCGCAUUGCUUCCUAAUACUUUAGAACGAUAAACUUCAUGAUUUCUGUGAAAUGACAGUUUGACAAUGACGAUGAUAAGAGGACUCGUAUCGCGCAAGUUCGAGUUAUUCCACCAACUUAAUGUUAACGAUUUUGUUAAAAGUAAAAUAUAUUCAUACUACACUUGAAACAUA